CAAGCUAGGCCUCCUGCAGAGACGGGCGGCGUGACACUUGCUGCUAACAUUUUUUUGUGUGUGUGGAGCUGCUGCUAAAAUAGAGGCGAAUCUGAGUCUAGUAACGACAAGAUAGUUGGAAUGGGAGACCCCACUUUUCAUCGAGACUGUCCCCUCGACUGCAAGGUUUACGUCGGGAAUCUAGGAAACAACGGAAACAAGACGGAGUUAGAAAGAGCGUUUGGAUACUACGGCCCUUUAAGAAGUGUUUGGGUUGCCAGGAAUCCUCCAGGUUUCGCUUUCGUAGAGUUUGAAGAUCCCAGAGAUGCGUCCGAUGCUGUGAGAGAACUGGACGGCAGAACCAUGUGUGGCUGUCGAGUGCGUGUCGAGUUAUCCACCGGGGAGAAGCGCUCCAGGAGCCGCGGGCCGCCUCCGUCCUGGAGCAGACGCCCUCGCGACGACUUUAGACGACGUAGUCCUCCGGUCAGACGCAGAUCCCCGAGGAGGAGGAGCCUGAGCCGCAGUCGCAGCCGGUCUCUUUCAAGAGAUAGACGUAGAUAUCGAUCUCUCUCCAGAGACAAGAACCGCAAGCGUUCAAGAUCCUUCUCACGAUCAAGGAGUCGUUCCCGGUCUAACGAGAGGAAAUGAAGAUGUUGGAUUGUUUGUCUGCAGGAUCAAGCUAUGGUUGUGAAAAGACAAAUUUUUAUAGUCAUGUUUUUUUAGAUUGUGUUUGCUGGCUGAAGGCAGCUGAAGGUCGCUCAAGUUACACAUCGUAGUCUGUUACAUGAACCAAGACUGAAGGGGUUUUCUCCUUGUUGCAAGUUUUCAUGGCAUCAAAGUGUUCAUUUAAAAUGAACUCUGUCUUGGCCUGCAUGUUCUGAAACGGAGUCCUAUAUUGAGUUUUACAUUAACAUCUUGUUUUCUUUUUUUAACUGUUGAAUUGAAGUUUAUGCAAGGUUUUUCUUUGCUUUUUAAAAAAAAUGUUUUGACGGAUCACAUCGGCAGAGGGAGUGUUCUUUAUAUCCUUGACGAAGCAGACGCUCGACAAACGUUGUAAAUACUGGUGCUGUUAUUUGUAGGCUAUCCCUAAAACAUUAUCUGUUAUUCUGUAUUUUACCUACUGUGUGCCACUUUUUCAAAAGAAGGCAUUUACUCUGUACUGCUUGAUUCUCUGAGCGCUGACGAUUUGUGCCGAUGCAGUUUAACAACUUGUUCAAUAAAUGUUUUUCCAAGGUGA